CCGGGUAAAUAACAGAUGCAGGUGAAAGAGCCAUCCAAAGCUUUACCUGAGAAAGCCAAAAGAAGUAAAAGGCCUGCUAUAUCUCAUGAUGAAGACUCUUCAGAUGACAUUGCUGGUUUCACUUGUUAACAUGUAAGUCAUGCUGUCAGUGUGAAUCAUGUGAAAAGAGCAAUAGCUGAGAACCUGUGGUCAGUUUGCUCAGAAUGUUUAAAAGAAAGAAGAUUUUAUGAUGGACAGCCAGUACUUCCUUCCGAUAUUUGGUUGUGCUUCAAGUGUGGCUUUCAGGGAUGUGGUAAAAACUCAGACAGCCAGCAUUCAUUGAAACACUUCAAGAGUUGGAGAACAGAGCUUCAUUGUAUUAUAAUUAGUCUGAGCACAUGGAUUAUAUGGUGUUAUGAGUGUGAUGAAAAGUUAUCAACGCUUUGUAAUACGAAGGUUUUGGCUCAGAUAGUUGAUUUUCUCCAGAAACAUGUUUCUAAAACACAAACAAGUGCAUUUUCUAGAAUCAUAAAACUUUGUGAAGAAAAAUGUGAAACAGGUGAAAAAAAGAAGGGAAGAAAAGGCAGCAGUGUAACAUCUGUAAAAGGAACUACGAAUUUAGGAAAUACUUGCUUUUUUAAUGUAGUCAUGCAGAACUUGGCACAGUCUUACAUUCUUACUGAACUGAUGAAUGAGAUCAAAGAAAAUGGUACAAAACUCAAGAUUUUUCCUUCCUCAGACUCUCAGCUGGAUCCAUUAAUAGUGGAACUUUCAAGCCCUGGACCAUUGACCUCAGCCUUGUUCCUGUUUCUUCACAGCAUGAAGGAAACUGAAAAAGGACCGCUUUCUCCUAAAGUUCUUUUCAAUCAGCUUUGUCAGAAGUGGGUGCAUGCACAUUCUUAA